AUGGAGGGUCAAGACAAUGGCGAUGAGCUCUAUCCCAUCGCCCACGAUGAUGUCCUCCUUCGCCUCAAUGCCAUUCACAGACUCUCCACCAUCGCCCUCGCACUAGGUCCUGAACGUACAAGAGACGAACUCAUACCAUUUUUGGACGAUUCCGUUGAGGAUGAAGAUGAGGUCUUGACAGCCCUCGCUGAAGAGCUUGGGAACUUCAUUGAGUACGUGGGAGGACCAGAAUAUGGUCACGUGCUCCUUGCACCGUUAGAGAAUCUCGCAGCUAUCGAGGAGCCGCUUGUGCGGGACAAGGCUGUCGAAUCGCUGAACAAAAUCUGCGAACAAUUGUCAGAACGACAAGUUGAAGACUACUUCAUUCCUCUCACAAUCCGACUCUCCAAAGCCGAUUGGUUUACAUCCAAGAUAUCAGCCACGGGUCUGUACGUUACACCCUACAGGAAAGCAAGUCAAGCUUCACAAGAAGGUCUCCGCACGCAGUUUGGCCACCUCGUUCACGAUGAGACGCCUAUGGUACGAAGACAAGCUGCAAACAACCUUGCCAAAUUUGUCAAGGAAGUACCUGUAUCAGUUGUCAUCGAAGAGAUGAUACCGCUGUUCCAGCACUUGGCUAGCGAUGACCAAGACAGCGUUCGACUCCUUACAGUAGAGGUUCUCAUCUCCAUUGCAGAGGUCAUUCCAAAAGAACAGCAACCCAGCCACGGUGUGCUAUUGACGGCUUUGCGAAGUCUGUUCGAGGACAAGAGUUGGAGAGUUCGAUACAUGGUUGCGGAGCGGUUCGAAAAAAUUGCCAAAGCCGUCAAUGAGGAGGUCGUUACUCGAGACUUGGUACCUGCGUUUGUCAAGCUGUUGAAGGACAGCGAGGCGGAGGUGAGGACAGCGAUUGCCAGCCAAAUCCCUGGCUUCUGCAACCUUCUGGAUCGCGAGACACUGCUCAACGAAAUUAUGACGAGCAUUGAAGAUCUGGUGUCAGACCCUUCCCAGCACGUCCGAGCAGCUCUAGGAACGCAGCUCAGCGGAUUGGCCCCCAUUCUGGGCAAAGAGGAGACCAUCUCGCACCUCCUCCCCAUGUUUCUCCAGAUGCUCAAGGAUGAAUUCCCUGAUGUCCGCCUACACAUCAUCUCCAAGCUCGAACUUGUUAACAACGUUAUUGGCAUUGACCUCCUUUCGCAGUCUCUUCUACCCGCCAUUGUUCAAUUGGCCGAAGACAAGCAGUGGCGGGUACGUCUCGCUAUCAUCGAGUACAUCCCGUUGCUUGCCAAGCAGUUGGGCAUGAAGUUCUUCGACGAGCAAUUGGCCUCACUGUGUAUGGGCUGGCUUGGUGAUACGGUCUUUUCUAUCAGAGAAGCUGCAACACAGAACCUGAAGAAACUUACCGAGGUGUUUGGAGUUGAAUGGGCGAAACGAUCCAUCAUUCCCAAGGUCAUUGCUAUGAGUGAGCAAGAGAACUAUCUCUACAGGAUGACCACCUGCUUUGCUAUUACGACGCUUGCUCCAGCCGUCUCGCUCGAAAUCAUCCAAGACAGCGUUCUACCCAUGAUGAACAGACUUGUCUCCGACCCUAUCCCAAAUAUCCGCUUCAACGUGGCGAAAUCUUUCGCCGUUCUGAUCGACGUUGUCCGCCGCCUCCCAGCACAAGGCACGCUCAAAGACCUCGAGGAAUCCGGCUCCACUCAGUCGCAACCGACUCCGAAAGCCGAGGAAUUGAUCAGCAGCGAAAUCAUGCCGAAUCUCGAGAAGCUGCAAUCGGAUGAUGACGUGGAUGUCAGGUAUUUCGCCACGAUUGCCGCCGGCGGAACCUGGAAUGCGGGCGAGAGGAUGGAUAUGGGACAGUAGUGCUUUCACCCUCGCCGCGUGCUUCCGCACACCGUCCGGCACCGACGUCAAAAGAGAGUGACGUUUGGGAGGCCGCUAGAAGACCUCUUCUGAAACCAACUAAAAAGGGCAGGCUAGGCUUUAACUGGUGAAUGUUUUGAGUGAUACCACAACGGUCAAUGGUCAAGGUGUAGAGAUUAGGAGUCCGAGUUCUGUGUGUAUGUGCAUCAACCACGGGGGAAACUAAGGGGGUAGGUAGUAUCCAUCCGCAAGCUUGGGUCUUUUGGGGAAAACGAUACUGCAUGCAUGCGCAUUACUACUCGUCUUGACACCUUGACGGAGACAUACUAGAUAUGGUAGACUACAAUCCAAGAGUCCAGACACUGGUCGCGCGUUCGGUCCCUAGGAUCGUUUUCGCUUGACAAGAUUGAUGGACGCUCUUUCUCGCGGAUAUAUUUACAGCUAUGUGCAUUUUGGUAC